UAAAACUCAAUUCUCACCCCUCAUCAAUGGCGACCAACUUAAAUACUACUUCCAGUCUUCAACAAAAUCUAUACCCAUUACUAAUUUUCCUCUUUCUGAAGAAGAAGAAUAUAAUGGUUCCAACGCCAUGCCAAAAUGAGUUACCUUUCAAUGAGAACGAUUCACAAGAGAUGUUCCUCUUUGAACUCCUUAACGAAUCCAAUUUCUUCUCUACUAAUGGAUUCUCUUCAUCGUUAUUUCCCCAAAUCGCAACGGUGAAUGAUGAUCUCCAAUCGAGUCAGGGUACGUCGGAGAAGAAGAAGAAGCAUUACAGAGGCGUUCGGCGACGGCCGUGGGGGAAAUUUGCGGCGGAGAUCCGCGAUUCGGCGAGGAAUGGAGCUAGAGUAUGGUUAGGAACGUUUGAGACUGCGGAGGAAGCGGCGAUUGCUUACGAUAGGGCUGCCUUUAAGAUGCGUGGCGCUAGGGCUUUACUUAAUUUUCCGGCUGAAGCGAUGGCGGUGGAUGGACGAUUGAAGAGACGUUGUUAGGAUUCAAGAUUGAAGAGUAAUUUGCAGACUUGAAAGCUUCAAGUAGAUGAUGAUCCAUAUCCAUCUAUGGCGAUUGAGCUUUUCUCAGCCAUGGCGGGGACUGUUUUGGAUUACUUCUUAUUAUAAAAUAAUAUAUAUAAGGACACCGUUUAAAAUAAAUAAAUUUA